CCUCAUAACUGGUUUCUAAUUGGUAGAAACAAUACAGAAAAUUGACAAUUUGACCAAAUAUAAGUCUGCUACAAAUAUGCUCAAAAAAACAAUAGAAGAAGAAAAAGAUGAUGAUCAUAAUCAUAAUCACCAUUUUUGCUCAGAAACAGAGUUUCAGCGAAAGGGGUUGCUAAUUUUGAUUCAUUAACAUACUAAGUGUGGCUUAGAUUCUUGUCUUGGAAAUGCAACAUCAUCGUAAAAAACGUGCAGUUUUGCCAGUAAUACAAAUUCCAAGAAAAUCUUUGUUCUUGUGUACUCUUCUUCUUGUCUGUUUUGUUAGCGGCUUCAUUUUUUCUUCAAUUCGUCUCUUAUUUCGAGGGUUUCAUCCAUGGCGGCCUGAGGCAACCACAACCAUAAGCCGUGUUAAACCGAAUAUUCCAGUUAUAGAAACCGUUGAAUUCCCUGAUGAGAUUAUUGCUUUCCUAAAAUACCCUUCUUCAACUCCCUUAUUUACCAAACAUGACAUAUACUGUAUCUACCUUACUCCUAAAUCUUCUCAGCAGCUCAAACAAUCACCUGAAUUAGUUGAAAAUGAUGAAUUAUUGGGCCAACAGCUCGUUCGUUGUCCCCUGAUUAAGCCACGUGGAGUGCUGACGUCACUUUCUGUUGAGCCUAGUGGCUACACCCUCUCAGUUGGGCCCAUACGCCGGUGGUAUUCGUUGGCGUAUGAGGCCCUGAUCGAUCGCGAUAACACCACUAUCGUGUUUGUGAAAGGGUUUAAACUCCGUGGGGGAAAACAAUCUGACCCGUCGAAAUUCAAGUGUGUUUAUGGUUGGGAUGUUAAGAAACAUCCCAAAUUCGUGUUGCAAUCGGAUGUUGUGUCCGUUGCUCAAGAAGUUGUUAGGUGUAAUACUCCAAUGAGCAUACUGAAUAGUCCACAGAGGUAUCAUCAGUCCAUUAAGGUUUCUGUUAGAAUGGUUGGUAAGGAACCUGUAGAGUCGAUAGCGAGUCCUAAACGUCGUUUGCAGCUUAACUUGCCAGGUCAAAAGCAGCACCACAUGUGUGUGUGCACAAUGUUAAGGAACCAGGCAAGUUUCUUGAAAGAAUGGAUCAUGUACCAUACUAAAAUCGGAGUACAGCGUUGGUUUAUAUAUGAUAAUAACAGCUUGGACGGUAUUGAAGAUGUCGUUAAGGUGUUAUCAAUGGAUGGAAACAUAAACCUGACACGUCAUGUUUGGCCUUGGAUCAAGACUCAAGAGGCAGGUUUUGCUCAUUGUGCAUUACGAGCAAGGGAUGUUUGUGAGUGGGUUGGUUUUAUGGAUGUUGAUGAGUUCUUCCACUUGCCUACUGGCUUGUCAUUGCUUGACAUAUUGAGGAACCAAUCGAAGAGUCCUCAUAAUAAUGUUGCUGAGUUGCGGGUCUCAUGUCACACGUUUGGACCAUCCGGUCUCAAACAUGUCCCGACACAAGGGGUCACAAUGGGGUACAAUUGCAGGAUGAUUGCACCAGAGAGGCACAAGAGUAUAGUGAAACCAGAAGCAUUGAAUUCAACAUUAAUCAAUGUGGUUCACCAUUUUCAUUUGAAGUCUGAGUUUACCUCUGCCAAUAUGGAUAGAAGUGUCAUGGUGAUUAACCAUUAUAAGUAUCAAGUUUGGGAUGUGUUCAAGGAGAAGUUCUACAGGAGGGUGGCUACUUAUGUGUCUGACUGGCAACAGGACAGAAAUGUUGGGUCCAAGGAUCGUGCCCCGGGUUUAGGGACACGAGCUGUUGAACCACCGGAUUGGUCUAGUCGAUUUUGUGAAGUUAUUGACACUGGCCUUAAGGAUCGAGUAGCAGAGAUGUUUACCGACCCAAGCACUGGCAAGUUACCCUGGCAAAAAUCACUGACAUGACUCCACAACAUGAAAUUAUUUAGUAUCAAAGGCAGCAUAAAUUUUUGCCUUUGAGGAUACAGGGGGAGCUCAUUUCUUUUGCUAUUUUAUUUGUACACGAAAUACUCGAUAUAUUCUUUUUGUACAUGAAUUUACGUCAUAACACAAAGGUAAUAUGAAAAUGAAAGCUGAAUGUUCAAUGUACCUGUACUUGUAUCUAGUGAAAGUCAAAAUCAUUUUUAGUAUCUC